AUGCAGUGUCAUCUGGCUCUCGUGGCAGGGGCUGCCUCUGUGCAGCGGUAUGCUGUUUUGGCGGUUUCGCCGCCGUUAUGCAGACUGGACCUCCCCCACCCCCUUUCAUUUCAGGAUGGUGGGAUAACGAAGCACCGAGACUGCUCUUUCCAUCCUGAAAUGAAAGGGGGUGGGGGAGGUCCAGUUGGUUCAGGUGAGAUCCGUGAGUCAGUUUGGCUUCUGCCAAGAGCAAGCGGAAAGGACUCCAAGCUGGACCCACUCACCACAGCUAUGACUCUGAUAAACAGGUGCCUCCCUAACAGGUUGGAGAGCGCACCUAUUGGACAAACAAGCCCAAGAAAUAUGGUCCCUGCAUUAGGUUCAGGCAAUUUAUUGGAUUUUGAUUUCAUUUCCGCUGAGAGUUCUCGCACUAGCAAUAGCACUUCUGUGUUAUCUGAUGGCAGUCCUUCUUCAUCAGUGGCGUUGUCAAAUAAAUAUGGUAGAUCUUAUCAGAAACGACGUAAUUCCAAAGACGGGAGAGGUUAUUACGAGUCUUCUACGUCUGGCAGUCAACAAUCAGAAAGUGAUUUAGGAUCAGCGGAAUUGCAAAAACAGGUAUCACCGCAAGGCAUGAGGGCACGCCACCGUCAUCGCAUUGUAAAACCGCAAAUGUCUGCGAACAAAGUUGAAGACAAUGGCAAAAUGCGUGUUGACGCAUUGACGCCAAUAACAGAAAAUCUCCACAGUGAAGGAGAUAUUGAAGAAAUGUCUCUGUAUAUCAGGCGUCUUCCAAAAGGAGCUCGGGGAAGCACUUGUGGACCCCAACCACCACCAAAAACUUCACUGCCUAUGGAUACGUACACUAGGAAUCGCAACAAAUCACAUAAGUACCAGAGUCCUCAUAGAAGUCCCGAUGGAAGCAGCAAUAAUUCGCUGACUAAAAGUCCUCGACAUAUCACCCGUUUUGAAUCACCAAGUGGUAAGGAAUUAAAUAAAAGUAGCAAGAGUGGUGGCGCCUUGACCCAGCAGUCAUACGCCAGCAUGACACAUGCCACUUCAAUCUCAGCAAUGAGGCAGCUUAGUGAUGGAGCAAAGAAAAGGGAGUCGCAUCCAGCCUGCAAAGGACCGGAUUUUAUCAAGACAAUGUUUAACGUUCACUCUCAGAGUCCGUUAGUUGCACAUUUUCUAAAUCAGAAAGGUCUACGAUACGAUGUUGGUACAAACGUAGUGGUGCAGCGAACGGAAGUUAGAAAUUUGCCUCCAUAUCCUUUUAUUUUUGCGUGA